GCAUCCGUAGGGAGGGCGGGAUUAUUUUGAGAGGGCCCCUGGAUGGUUUUUCGGAAGCUUCUUCAGCUCAGGAGAGGAACGCGGGAAGCGGUUGGCGCCGACGGGAACCGAGGUCAUGUUCCGCCUUGAGGGUCUGGGGCCCAAGCUGGACCCGGAGGAGCUGAAGCGCAAAAUGCGCGAGGACGUUCUCUCCUCGGUCCGCAACUUCCUCAUCUACGUAGCCGUGCUGCGCAUCACUCCAUACCUUUUAAAGAAGCUGGAUAGCAUAUGACAGUGAGUGUCUAAGGUUGCCUACAUGGAAGACCAAGCUGGACUAUGGUUGCUUUUCUAAGAACAGACUAGAGAGAAGUGACUCCAUAUCCUGACAGAUGAAUCUGAACAUUGUCCUGUGAAGAUUAUAGAGCAGCUGAAAAAGUAAAAUCAUUUCUGUCACUGCUCUUUUCAUGUGCCAGAAUUCUGUUCCUUCAUGUUGAUGCAAUCUUGUUCUUGUUCCAAGCUUAUAAUCAAGCCUGAUUUGGGAAAGCUGCUAAAUAUGCAUUGGAAUAUAAUGAUUUCUGAAGUGUUAACAAUGAUAUUGUCGUUACUAUACUGCCUCCAUGUGAAACCUUAUGGUUAUAUCCUGAAAGAUUGAAAUAAAUGGAGUAUAUGUUCUAA